CCUUGGAGGAGUUGAUGGCGAGGUUCAAGCUUGCCCAGGUCAAAGUGAGCAGGACCGCACUCUUGGCUCUGGCCUACUUCACCUACCUGCUCUUUGGAGCCACCAUUUUCCAGAUGCUGGAGCGAGAAGCUGAGAACAACAACCGAAACCACUUCCAGCUGGAGAAGCUGCAUUUCUUGGCGAAUUACACGUGCCUCGACGGACCGGCUUUGGAGAAAUUUGUCCAGGUCAUUCUAGAUGCCUGGGAAAAGGGAGUUAAUCCCUCUGGCAACUCCACAAAUCCCACAAACUGGGAUUUCAGCAGCUCCUUCUUCUUUGCUGGCACAGUCAUCACGACUAUCGGAUAUGGUAACCUCUCCCCGAGCACCGUGACCGGUCAAGUGUUCUGCGUGUUUUACGCUCUGUGUGGAAUUCCUCUGAACCUGGCUUUCCUCAAGCAGCUGGGAAAGUGCCUCGCUGUCCACCUGGGCCGACUGGAGAGGGGCGUGGUGUCUUUUGUCCCUCACAAGGUUCAGCAGCAAGCCGUUGAGGCUCUCGCAGUGAGCUUCUUCUUUUUCGUGGGCAGCCUGCUCGUCCUGGUCAUCCCUCCACUGCUCUUCAGUUACGUGGAAGGCUGGACGUUUGGCGAAGGCUUCUAUUUCGCCUUCAUUACACUGAGCACCAUUGGCUUUGGGGAUUACGUGGUCGGAACGGAUCCAGAUAAGGAGUACAUCUCUCUGUACCGCAGCCUCGCAGGCGUUUGGAUCAUCUUCGCUCUCGGUUGGCUGGCUCUUAUCUUCAAUAUGGGAGCCAGAGUAAUGGAGCAUGUGGUCGUCCUCACUCACCCAGGCUUUAAAAAACAAAAGGAAGAGGAGGAGGACGUGUCUUCCAGUAAACCAGAGGACAUCUCCAAGAUCUGACUGGGCCUCCCACCAGUAGCUUAAUUUAUGUUUUAUCGUUAUAGGUUGUUUUUGUUUAUUUAUGUAUUCAAACAUCCUGGUUAUAUAAUACUUAAGGUUAGAAAUACAAGAUAGAAUUGUGUAUUUUUCCCAUGUUAGCUUGAGUAGAUUCCACCCAACUGUGACUCUGUAUGGGGAAAAACCAGCUAACGGAUGGAUUUUACUUUGCAGUUCUACCUCAAGGCCUCACUUUCAGCAACAGUCCGACAGAAGCAGCUCACACAUGGAUAUGAAUCAGCCCUCCCUUCAUUCAUGUGUCCAUUUUUACGAGCUGAAAGAGAAAUCUCACAUCCGAAGUUGUAAUUUCUGUUUGCUUACUGCAGCAAAUGUUUUCUUUUAACCUCCAUCUGUGUCUGUGUGCUGACGGUAAACUCCAGAGAGUCAAACACUGAGGCCUAUCUUAAACAAACACAUAAAUGAAGCCAGUGAUGUGAGCUGGAAAAUAAGGAUCCCGGUUUGAUGACAAAAACUAUCAAAAUGACGUCUUGUGCGAGAUCUUCGGUUCGGGUUAGUGCAGUUUGCCU